AUGGCAGCUGCGAAAGCCAUGCUAGAUGAAAUCCAUGACGACCUACCAGUACAAACUACCGAUCAUAAUACGUAUAUACUUGGAAGGAUCAAAGAACAUAACAUUGUGAUUGCCUGCUUACCAAGCGGUGAUUAUGGACUUGUUUUGGCGAACACAGUUGCGAUGCAGCUGAUGUCCAGUUUCCACUUGAUUUGGUUUGGUCUGAUGGUGGGUAUUGGAGGAGGAGUACCAAAUGAUGACGCUGAUAUUUGGCUUGGGGAUGUGGUGGUUAGCAAACCGACAGGCAAAUAUGGCGGAGUGGUGCAAUAUGACUACGGCAAGGCAAUAAGUGGCGGUGGAUUUCAGCGGACUGGCAUGCUCAACCGCCCACCACAGAUCCUGCUCACAGCACCUCUGGUCUAUUAUGGAGUGAUUGUAUCCGCAAAUCAGCUCGUGAGGGACAGCCAACUACGGAAUUGGCUAAGCCAUGACCUGGGCGCAUACUGUGUAGAGAUGGAGGCGGUGGGACUCAUGAAUAAUUAUCCAUGCCUAGUUAUUUGUGGGAUUUGUGACUAUGCAGAUUCCCACAAAAAUAAAGAGUGGCAGGGGUAUGCCUCUGCAGUGGCAGUAGCCUAUGCCAGAGAGCUCCUUCUCUGUAUCUCAAUCAGUGAUAUAGAUUGUAUGCGGUCUGCAGAGGACGCUGUAUCUGCAAGAUUCAACGUCCCAUUUGAUUUGAUUAGGUUACUGGUAAUUGCAAACUUUCUGGGACGACAGAAAGAGCUAGAGCAACUAUGGCAUCAUCUUCAGCUGCAGAAUUCAAAUUCUCGAACAGUCGCUAUCCUUCAAGGAUUGGGCGGCAUCGGAAAAACCCACUCCAUUCUUCCUCAAUUACCGGGUCAAUUACUGGGUCAAUCUCGGUCCUAUUCCGCGACAAAUGAUGACGAGAUAGAGCAAAAUGCGAGACAAGUAUUAAAGUGGCUCGCGGUACCAGGAAAUUCGCGAUGGCUUCUAAUUUUUGAUAAUAUUGGCCAGUAUUCUCCGGGGAUAGAAGAUGGAUACGACAUCCAAGAAUUCUUCCCAACGGCGGAUCAUGGAUCGAUCUUGAUUACAUCUCGGCUCCAGUCGCUGCCCGAGCUUGGACGGUCUUUCCCCAUCCCCAUCUUUGAUACUGAGGAGUCCCUUUUACUGCUUUGGCAGAGCAUGAAUCUGCAUAUUCUGGAUACAAUCACCGGAGAAGAGGUAGACCAAGACUGGUGUCUGGACAUGGCUCGGACUGAGACCAAUAGGCUGAACAGUCCGUGGCAUGAGUUAGCACUCGUUGCUGUUGGUGCUAUGGUACCCGGCACGGAUGAGCAAGAUUAUUGGCAGCUACAACGGCGAUUGCUGGUUCAUGCAGACUUUGUGCGUCAGAUGGUUAGGAGUGACCACCUGACAGACGAUGUCAGUGUCUGGAGUGCAUUCCAUAGCCUUGGAAAUCUCUACUCUGAUCAGGGAAAACUAAAGGAGGCAGAGACAAUGUAUCAGCGAGCAUUGGCAGGCUACGAGAAGGCACUAGGGCCAGACCACACAUCCACUUCGGAUACUGUCAACAAUCUUGGAGCUCUCUACGCUGUUCAGGGCAAACUGAAGGACGCAGAGACGAUGUAUCAGCGAGCAUUGGCAGGCUUUGAGAAAGCGUGCGGUCCAGACAAUUACCAGACCAAAUAG